AUGGCCGGCUAUAAACUCAAGGCAUUCAAAGGAAAUAAUAAGAAGUUGCUGCGACGGUUGACCGUCAAACUCUUCAAUGAAGGAUUCUUUAAUUGUUACCUUAGUCCACAAUUGUUUAACCUCCUUAGCUUCAUUUUGAAAUCCUCCGAUAAUCAAUCUAUAAAGAGUGAAGUGGAUGAGCAAAAACUUGCAGCAUGGGAGGCAUUAAUGGACUGUAAUCUUUUUGUUGAAUUUUUGAAUGAUAAUGCCACUGAUGUCUCAAAAAAACGCGAUAAAAAGUCCUUGUCCGGUGUUGAACAUGUAAAUCCGGAUAAUGGUGGUGAUGAUAGUGGUGAAGGUGAUGGUAAUGAUGAUAAUGCUGAUGAUGAUGAUGAUGAUGUCAAGAUGACUAUGAUGAAUGAUGAAUCAUAUUAUGCUGAUGGGAGUGUUGAAGAAGGUCGUGUUCUCAACAGUUCAGUUGACAAUGAUUUAUACUUGAAGCCUGGAUUUGGUUCCGCACGAAAUCUUUGCAUAACAUUGCGAUAUCUUCUUUAUGAACAGGCUGUUGAUUAUUUUUAUGAUGAGUUUAAUAACAGAGAUAGCAAGUUUCAUGAUUUUGAGUUGUUGGAUGAAGAGCAUGAUGCUAAUAAAGAUGAAAAAUCUGCGAAGAAUUUGCACGAUUUGUCAAAAUCUUCUGAAGACAAUGUAAGCAAUACUGUGAAUGAUGCAGAUGAUGAUAAUUAUGAUGACGACAGUCCAAAAAUUGAACGUGGUGAUGUUUCUUCAGAAGAUGAUGACUAUGAUGAUGAUGAUGAUGGUGAUGAGGAUAAUACAAAGGACAAUAAUAAUGAUAAUUCAGCUAAGGUUAUCUCUACAGGAAUCCCAGUCGGACUUAAUGAUAAAGAAUCGGAGGAAGAUAAAAGCUUAAAUGAUGAAAAUUCGAAAGUAGAUGACGAAAAUGAUGUGUCUUCUCCUAAAUAUAUUGAACCAGGUUCACAUGGUGAAAUGAUAUUAAAAGUUCCGGAAAGUGUGAUAUUAUCCAAGCCAACUUAUCCAAGUCUUCCGAACUCGUUUUCACCUGCAGAUGAAGCAAUUGGAAAAGUCGUUCAUCCAAUUCUCAGCACAUCGUCUGCUAUUGAAUCAAGUCUUGAGAAGCAGAAUGAGCUAAAGUUGAUUAAGAACUUUAACAAAAUAUAUCAUGGUUUUGAUGAUGAUCUACAAAAUAUAGUCAAGCGCCGGAAGCUUGAGAAGAGUAAUCAGCAAUUGGGGCUUGAGUCAGGUGAAUCGAAUUCAAGUAAAACGGAUGGCAAACUUGAUCAAAGUGUGAGUAAGCUUAUGAGUCUAGGGGGAGCCGCUAACCUUUCUUUAAAAAAUUUAUUAGGAAGAAUAGAGGAUAACAGAAGCAAGCUUAAUAUUACAGACAUAGAACUCAAAAACUUGAUAAUGGAUGUUAGAAAGAAUAGAUCAAAAUGGGCAAACUACAAUAGAAUUGGGCAAGAAGAGCUUUAUGAAGCCUGUGAGAAAGUUGUCACUGAGUUGAGAGGUUAUACCGAGCAUUCCACGCCAUUUCUAAACAGGGUCUCUAAAAGGGAAGCUCCUAAUUAUUAUGAAAUCAUAAAGAAGCCAAUGGACUUGAAUACAGUAAUGAGAAAGCUGAGAAAUUUUCAAUAUAGAAGCAAAAAGCAGUUUGUGGAUGAUUUGAUGUUAAUUUGGCAAAACUGUUUGACUUAUAACACGGAUCCAAAGCAUUACCUUCGUGUUGAUGCAAUAGCUAUGCAGAAGAAAACGCAGUCAUUGAUACCGUUGAUUCCGGAUAUAGUGGUGAGAGAUAGAGCUGAAGUGGAAAAAGAAGCUGCAUUGGCUGCAAAACAGGAUAAGGAGGAACAAGAUUCUGAGCAGGAAACAGAGAAUUCUACAAGAUCUGGUAGGGCUGUUGGGGCUGUUGGAACUGGAAGUAAGCAAACGGCCAAAAAGCAUCGAAAAGGUCCAACCCAGGAAGACAAUCAGGAAGAAGUAGAAUCUAAAGAAAAGACAGCAGCUUUAGAUUCAAAGACUGAAGAAGAAACGACAACGAUUUCUGCUACACCAGUGGGAACAGAUACCCCAUCAACUGCACAUGAUGAAAAGCAUUUACCAAUAAAUCUGACGAAAAGUGUAUCUAAAGUCGAUUCAAUGACUCCUGCACCAGCAUCUGGUGCUUCUGGAACUUCGCCUCAAAAUAUUGAUGAAGAAAACGAUGAACUAGACGAAGCUUUGGAGGAACUUCGGACAGAAAGGAAUGAAGAUGAUGACGAUAAUGAUGUAAUUGAGGAUUUAGAGGCUGCCACGUGGAAAACUUUGACUGCGAAUACCAGGUAUAAGUUAUGUGAGGCUAGAGGUAAGAUGUUUAAAGGAAACAAAAUUGAUCCAAAUGUGGAGUCGCUCUAUAGAGACGAAAAUCAGAUGGCCAAUUUCAUGAACUAUCUUACGGAUAACGGCGAUUUGGUGAUUCACAAGAAUAGAUACUUUGAUGAGCAUGAUGAUCCCUAUUUGAUAGAAUAUGAUGUUAGAGGUGGAGUGCCGCCCAUUAAGUUUAGAGGUGUGAAUUUUGAGCAGGAGGAAAAUGCCAUGAUGGAAAAGCUACUGGGCAAAGGUGAAACUUUAGAUUCUCUUCCAGACAGUUUGCUGAAAGUGAAGAUCAAGGGCUCCAACAGUGUUAUUAUGGAUAAUAUUAAGACUAUGCAACAGAUUCGAAAGACAUGUUUUAGAAUCAAUCUUAUCAGACAGAUGCAAACCUCUCAAUUUGUGCACCGGUCGCAAAUGUCGGCACCAGAUAUCAAAGAAAUUAAUUUCAAUGAUAUUGAUCCGCUCUCAAAGCUCCCAACCAGGGAUUCGUUGAAUGGUGAAGUUGCCUUCAGAUCGUUACAGAAGUCUAUUUCCGCAAUACUCAUGGCCACCGGAUUUGAAAAAACAAGUCCUUUUUGUGCCUCUUUAAUGACUCAACUUGCGGAAGAGCAUCUUGGAAAUCUCGCAAAAUCGAUGAAAUUGCAUGAAGAGUCCAAUUCCAUUAACAAGAUGAAUAUUAGGGGUAAGUCUUCAACGAAUAUCAAAAAUAUUGUCCAAAUGUCUCUUGAGGAAAAUGGCAUUGAUAAGCCAGAUAUAAUAUACACGUAUUACAAGGAAUAUCUUGCUAAAAGGAACAAGAAACUCAAAGAUCUCAAGACUGCUCUGGAAGAAUUCUUGAAGGAAUUGUUAAGACCUGGAUUACAAGAUAUAAACGAAACGCAGUUCACUGAUAAUUCUGAUCAGUUUAUGACUGGUGAAUUUUCCGAGGAGAUUGGGGAUGAUUUCUUUGGUUUCAGAGAACUGGGAUUGGAUAAAGAAUUUGGAAUUCUUUCAGCUAGUGUUCCGUUGCAUUUAUUGCACUCGCGUCUUUCGUAUCAGUUUAACCAAUUGAACAAUAAGAGAAAGAAAGAGAAGUAUGAUGACUUCAAAGAGUUCAUGUUUCCAAAGCUUCGGAAGAAAGAUCUUCCAAAACAAAUUGGCGUCCUUAAGCACUAUUAUGAACGAUUGCUCACGAAAAGUGAAACUAUGUACGCUAAGCAAUUACGAAGACACCAGCAGCAUAUUGCCAAUGGUACUGCAGAUCCAAAUGAAAAGUUUGUUGAAUAUAAAGAUUUGAAUGAUUUGAGAAUUAUUGAGGAUGAUGAUCUACCGAUUAAACAAAGGAAUAAUAGACCAAAAAUUCCUCCUAAUGGAAAGAUUACGCAGAUAAAGAAGAAACUGAUUGCUACUUCGUUCUUUAUUGACGAUCAAGACAAAUGGGUAGCAGAAGAAAAGAAGAAGACGCAAGCGCAUGAAACAACAAAUACCGAAAAGUCAUAUAGUUCCGGCCAAUUGGACGCAACAUCAAGUGUGACCGAUGGAAAGGUAUCGAAGGAAAAUGCCGGAUAUUCUGUAAUUAGAAAAGUUGCUAAUGAUGAUUCACUCGAUAACGAUCGUAAGGAAAGCGUUGAAACGGAACAGAAAGAUUCAAAUGGUAUACUUGAUACAAUCAAUGAAGAUGGCGAAGACGAUAACGAUGAGGAUGAGGAGAAAGGCGACGAUAAAGAUAUUUUCACGGAUGCAUCACAGGGUGAUAUCGAUGAUAAAGAUAUUUCGUCUGAUAAACUUAAGGCGGAAGACAUAGGUGAUGCGUGA